UAGCCAAACAAAAAAAAAACUCAACUACUUCUUCUUCUUCGUUUGCUUCCUUAGCUCAUUACAAUAGUAUCAACUUUUUUUUUUUAAUCUGUAAAAACCCAAAUCUCAGAAUUGCCAUGGCCGGAGCCGGAGCUCAAUUAUGUGCCCGUUCAGUCGCCGGAAUCGGAAUCCUCUCCUCCGAUCAAACUAAUGUCACUCCUUCGAUGAUCCGUUCUUCUUCUCCGUCUUCUUGUUCUUUUCAGUUGGCUUUUCGUCCCAAACGGUGUCGUUCUAGUCUUCGACGCCACAACAACAACAACAACCCUAUUUUCAUUCGCUGCAACUCUUCUUCUUCUUCUUCCGGCUCUAGAUCCACUAAUAAUGGCGGUGAUCGUGACCGCGAUGAUUAUCUCGAGGCUACCUUACUCCUUUCAGAAACCAUGUCGCACUACCGUAUGUUGAGGCGCGGUUUUAAGGAAGAUACGUGGCGGCAAUCGACUCCUAAUAUGUUUCGUUUCUCUGUUCAAAGGAAGGAAUUGCGACCUGAUUUCAAUCUCAUUAGUCAAGGCUUUCUCCAUCGGUUCCAAAAUCCCACCAUUUUUCUCAAGAUUUCUUGUGAUGGUGACUUUUUGCUCCCAAUUGUUGUAGGCGAGUUUGCUAUUGAGAAACUGGUAGAUGCUAAUUGGGGAGAUGGGAAUGGGGAGACUCCAAACCAGUUCCAAUUUAUGAAAAAUCUUGUGGAGAAGCUUGGUUAUGAAGUACAUAUGGUAAAAAUUACAGAAAGAGUGGUCAACACUUACUUUGCCAGAUUAUACUUUAGUAAGCCAGGGGAAAAGGACAUUAUAAGUGUGGAUGCUCGUCCCUCUGAUGCCAUAAAUGUGGCUCAUAGAUGCAAGGCACCCAUAUAUGUAAAUAAACAUAUUGUCGUGACAGAUGCUAUUAGAAUUAGUUAUGGAAUGGGCAGAGUGCGUGAUGCAAAAUCUACUUAUGAUGUAUCUCUUGACAGUGCUGUAGAGGGUCCUGAUUUUUUGUCUCAGGAACUUGUUUUGGUGAAGAAUAUUGACUUAGCUGUCAAAGAAGAAAGAUACAAAGAUGCAGCUAUGUGGAAAGACAAACUAUUGCAGCUUCGCAAGUCAAUUCACAGCUAGCCAUAUUGUGAGUUCAUCCACUUCAGAUAUAUUAGCCUAUUACCUGUCCAAUGUGGCUGUGUGUAUGCCUUCUAAACCCUUUGGCAUGUCAUUUCACUGGAUACCACUCUGAGUGGAUGGAACACCUACAUAACGAGACUUCAACUAUGUACAGCUACUUAAGAUAUAUAUAUUUUAUAGGACGACAUGUAAAUGUCAAAUCAAAUAGUUAUAUAGUUCAGGUCAAUUGUAUUGUCCUCUUAGUUGAAAUUUAUACCUACAGUUAUGUGUGACAAGAAAGAACUACCUUGUUUUCAUUUUUAGUAUUCUGAAUCUAAUCCAGGCCUUUCUUUGUAAA